AUGGCAGGAGGAGCAAAGCAGCACACUGCUUCUAAAAGCAGGAAAAACAAAUCAAUCCCAAACGUACUAGGAAACGCAUCCCAAGAGUUAGUGGAAGUCCAAGAUGUAGUACCUCUCUCAAUCGAAGCACCGAUUGUGUCGUCUUACAACGUCAGAAUCCGUCCUCUGCUUGAUGCAGUGGACAAGCUCCGGAAUCUCAUGGUUAUGGAUGAAGGCAUUCAGCUACCAACAAUCGUAGUCGUCGGAGAUCAGUCAUCGGGAAAGUCAAGCGUCCUUGAAUCUCUAGCCGGCAUCAGCCUCCCACGAGGCCAAGGAAUCUGCACCAGGGUGCCACUCAUUAUGAGGCUGCAGCACCAUGCUAGUGUGGAGCCGGAGCUGUCUUUGGAGUACAAUGGCAGAGUGGACCGCACCGAUGAAGACAACAUAUGUGAAGACAUUGUGAAGGCAACUAAUGAUAUAGCUGGAGGUGGUAAGGGAAUUAGCAAUGCCCCAUUGACAUUGCUAGUGAAGAAGAACGGAGUACCGGAUUUAACAAUGGUGGAUCUUCCUGGAAUCACUAGAGUUCCCGUUCAUGGCCAGCCUGAGAAUAUCUAUGACCAGAUAAGAGACAUGAUUAUGGAGUAUAUCAAGCCGGAAGAGAGCAUUAUUCUGAAUGUUCUGUCUGCAAGUGUUGAUUUUACCACUUGUGAAUCAAUUAGGAUGUCGCAGAGCGUGGAUAAGACUGGCGAAAGGACUCUUGCUGUGGUUACUAAGGUUGAUAAGGCACCGGAGGGGCUAUUGGAGAAGGUUACAGCUGAUGAUGUCAACAUUGGACUUGGCUAUGUUUGUGUAAGGAACAGAAUUGGAGAUGAGACAUAUGAGGAGGCAAGCGCUAUUGCUCACCAGCUGUUUGAAACGCAUCCUCUUCUUUCCAAGAUUGACAAAUCUAUUGUUGGCAUUCCAGUUUUGGCUCAAAAGCUGGUGCAGAUUCAAGCAACCAGUAUAGCAAGGAACUUGCCGGAGAUUGUUAAGAAGAUCAAUGACAGACUCAGUGCUUGUCUGUCUGAGCUGAACAAAAUGCCAAAAAAUCUCUCAUCUGUUGCAGAAGCAAUGACAGCUUUUAUGCAGAUCAUUGGAUGUGCCAAGGAGUCACUCAGGAAAAUCUUUAUGCGAGGCGAAUUUGAUGAGUAUCUUGAUGAUAAAAGAAUGCACUGCACGGCUCGUUUGGUGGAGAUGCUCAAUCAAUACUCUGAUGAUCUUUACGAGUGUGUGGAGAGUGACCCCAAGAUAAACUUUUUGAUGGCUGAGAUAAAGGUUCUGGAAGAAGCCAAAGGUAUUGCUCUUCCCAAUUUUUUUCCUCGAAAUGCUUUUCUCAUUCUCUUGCAAUCAAAAGUGAAGGAGAUUUCAAGCAUUCCUAUUGGAUUUGUUGAUCAAGUCUGGAGUUACAUUGAGGAUGUGGUAAUAUCAGUCUUGAUGAAACACUCGGAGAACUAUUACCAGCUUCAGUUGUCUGCCAGAAGAGCUGGUCAUAGUCUGAUGGCUAAGAUGAAGGAUAGGUCCAUUAGGUGGAUGAUGGAGAUUGUUGAAAUGGAGAAGCUUACUGACUAUACAUGUGUUCCUGAAUAUGUUGCUGAAAGGAAUAAGUUGAUGGCUCAACAGGAAGCAUUUAUGAAUGGGGUUCUGCAUGAUGAGAAUCGACCUUCUACCAUAGCUAUAGAGGGUAUUGGGGAGGUCGAGGUAGAAGUCCUUAGGCAUCACCCUCAUGUUCUUGCACAGGCUUUCGACCUGAAGAUGAGGAUGACUGCUUAUUGGAAAGUUGUGCUGAGGAGGUUUGUCGAUUGUAUGGCGCUGCAUUUGCAGUUAUCUGUUUCAAAUCUGGUAAACAAAGAGAUGGAAGUUGAGUUUGUUAAUGAGUUGAUGGGGCCUUGUGGUGGUGGUGGUGGAAUUGAGAGGAUGCUUGAGGAGUCACCGGCUGUGGCUGUUAAGCGUGAGAAGCUGAACAAGAGUAUCAAGAAACUGAGGGACUCUAAGGAGGUUGUGGCCAAUAUCAUGGAUGGCAUUGUUACAUAUGGUGAUUAA